AUGUAUCCUGGCCACAUUAUUGGCCCGCAAGCCCUCCAAUGUUUUCUCAGGGAAGAGGCCAAUGGCCCUUGGGUACAAGUCCUGGAACAGCUUCCCGCAAUAAACCGGCAACUUGCAGACCAGCAUCAGCAACUUCAAGACAUGAAUGAAAGGUUCCGGCGCAUUGAAACUGCAACUGUUGGACUCCUCAAACUUUUCACCCCUGCCCGCGGCCUCUUGGACCAGUACCAACAGCCUCUGCCCAAUCUACCUGCACCCGCUCAGCCAAAUAAACCUGCACCUGCUCGACAUUAUUGCAACUUACGACCACAACACGGCUGA